AGUUGAAAGAAAAAAAAAAUACGACAAGGUUAGGGGAAAGCUAUGCGCCCUCUCACUGGAAGAUUUUAUUGUAUCUUGGUGUACAUAUCGCACAUCUCUAACUUGCAAAAGUCAUCUCUAUAGAAAGAGAAGAUUUGUGUUGUCGGUUUUGUAAGUUGAAAAGAAAGAGGUGCGACAUUUUCGAUGACUUGUUCACGAUUCGAAGUUUGUCCGUUCAAUUUAAAGUAAAAAUUUAUGAACAUUUGUUUGGUUAAAAGAAAGUGCACUUGCAUAAUUGAUAUCGGGCGAUAUAUAAUCUAAUUUUUAUUGGGAUGGACUAGAAAAUGGAGAAAGUAUGUCUCCAUCAAUGUAAGUCAACAUGCCUGUCGUAUGUUACAGAUAUUGAAUAACAUAUGAAAGACGUGGAAGAAGAGAAAAAAAAGAAAACUCUCUAUACAAGAAAACUAUAGCGAGUGCGUCAAAAUGCAGACUCCCUCUGAAGCUUUUCUAUUUGUCACACAUAUUGAGCCCGACAAUGUAUUCUUGAAGAUAUGGGGUCAAACAGACAAGCGUACUGCUGGCGAAGUAGAACGUCUAAUAAAUUCUCUGUUGCCGCACUUCAAUCAAGGAUAUGGUUGUCCUCUCAAAGUUACUAAAUCAAUUGUAAGCGAAGUAUGCUGUGCUAAAUUUCAAAAUGAGGGUUAUUAUCGGGCAACAAUACUUGACAUACGUUCUGAUGGAAUGAUACUUGUAUACUUCAUUGACUAUGGCAAUACAGAGGUGGUACUACCACACGAAGUUCAUCUUUUGAGUGGUAUACCUGGAGCUGAACAUCUGAAAGCUAUACCGCCUAUGGCAACAGAAUUUGUAUUAAGUAACGUCUUACCUAAAAAUGGUAUCUGGGACAAUGAAAUGAUCAGUACUAUCAAGAGCUAUUUGUGUUACAAUGAAUAUAAAAUCUCAAUUUAUGUGGUAAAUAAUCGUUAUUUGAUACAGUUAUGGUUCAAUAACGAAGAUUUCAGUAAGGUAUUGGUAAAUGACAAUAUGGCUUUACCAGCUACCAUACAAGACAUGUUCAGUAUGCAACAUAGAUUGCCUCAAGUAGCUAUGCAACCUUCUCUCCAAGUAUCUCAGCAGCCUCAAAUGGCAGCAUAUCAACAACGAAACAAAGGCAAUAUGAAUACAAUGAUUCCAAUGACGCAAAAUCAAAAUAUAAAUCCCAAUAUCAAUGCGCAAGCAUUAAUUCACAAAACUUCUUCUGGUGUAAAUUACCAGAAGUAUACUGAACCGCAAGAAGCACUUGUAUUCAAAUCCCGUGUAUUAAACGUAGACACAAAAUAUGAAGUGUGCGUGUCACAUGUAGAAGACGGUCCGCAAAAGUUUUCCGUACAAGUUAAAAGCACAGUAGCUACACUGCAACAACUUAUGGACGAUAUACAAAGACAUCCGAAAAAACCGCUAGUGGAACCACCAUUGCCAGGAUCAGUUUGUUUGGGAGUUUAUUCAGAUGGUAAUGUGCUUUGUCGAGCGGUUGUAAUGUCUGUGAUGGAGGAUAAAUGCAAACUGUAUUACGUUGAUUUCGGUCAUACAGCAGUUUUAUCGUACUCAGACAUCUUCCAAUUGCCACCCGAAUAUAUUAAUCCCAAAGUACUGUCAAUUAGGUUUGCAUUAAGCGGUCUAAAUGAAUUACAUAUUACACCAGAGCUGAAAGAAUAUUUUAAACAACUUGUAAGCAGAAAGUUACUUGUUCUCCAUGUUCGUCCACCAGAAGGUCCGCCUUUGAUUCAGUAUGGUGAUCUGUAUGACAAUGGUGUCAAUGUAAAGGAUAUACUGAAAAGAACAUUUCCAAAACCAAAUCACCAAACAGUAUCACCAAGUUUUACUUACUUACGUUUACCACAACUGAUGAAAGAUACAUAUGAUAUGGUAUCUGUUCCUUACAUAGAAUCAUGUAAAAAAUUCUUUGUUCAGCUGCAAUCUGGAUUGCAGUCGCUAGACUCAAUAUCGGAAGCUUUGCACAAAUAUGUCAAAACUGCACCUUCUUUACGUACACUAAAAGUGGGGUUACCUUGUGCUGCUUUGUACAAAUCUCAGUGGUAUCGUGCAGAAAUUACUAACAUCGAUGGAAACAAUAUUAAAGUGUUUUACGUUGAUUACGGGAACGAAGAGGAAUUAUCUGUAAUGUCUCUUCGCACAAUUCAUCCAGAUUUAAUGAAACUGCCGGCACAAGCUAUAAAAUGUGCGUUGGACGGCUACGAGACGCUUGCUGAAGAUUCAGAUGUCACUAGUCAUUUUGAAAGAUUAGUGCUCGAAAAACAAGUUUAUAUGAAAGUAGUUGCUGCCCAACCCGAAGGUUUAUUAGUUGAGUUGUUCGAUAACUCAACGAAACCUAUUCAUUCUCAGCUAUUGGAUAACUUGUUCUGCGACAAGACUACCGAGAACUCGCAUGAUACUGGAUUUUGUGACAAAAACGAGAAUUCACCUACGAAAUCUCAAAAUGGAGAAAUUCAACAGUCUACGAUACCAGUAAACGGUUUUCAUAGCGAGGAUACAAACAGAUAUAAGAAAAAAUUCACGGAUUUUAAUACUUUCCAAGACAAUAAAUCGAAUAAUUGGAAAGAUGAAUGGUCUUCGGAGAAAAAACACGAUAACAAAUAUGAAAGGAAUACUUACUCUUCUCGUGAUAAGUCACAAAACGAUCGAUUUAUCAGAGACGAAGGCCAAAACAGAUUUGGUAAAAAUAGACCGUAUAACAGACGCGAUAGGAAUGAAAUAAAUACAUUCAACAGAGAUGGUAGAGGACCUCCUCGAGGAACUGAUGAGAAUAGAUUCAGUAACUAUGGACACAGACAUAAUCGUAGCAAUAGUGAUAAAGAUUCAGAUUCUUCAGGUAAAAGCAGUGGUAAACAUGAGAGAGGAUUUAAUCGUGGUUUUCGUCGAGAAGAAAAUCGUAACAGUGGAGAAAGAUGGAAUGACUCACAAACCACAAAAGACUGGACUGACAAAGGAGCUGCUAUCAAGAAUAAGCCUUAUAAAUACAGAAAUGAAAGAUUUAACGGUAACGAAUAUAACAAUAGUAACAACGAUUUUAAAAUUAGAGAAGAUAAUGUGACAAACUUGUCGAGUGUUCAGUUAAAUACUGAGGAGUGGGAUACAAACGAUAUUAACAAAGAACUCCAAAGUAAUGUGUUAUUGGGUACUACAGUGGUUCAAUUUCCUUCACUUGAUAUUACUCUUGGCAGUGUGAAGAAAUGCGUUGUAUCCCAUGCAAAUAAUCCAUCAGAUUUUUUCGUUAAUUUACAAUGCAACUCGAAUUUAAUCAAAAUGAUGGAAAAUGAUAUUCGUAAUAUUUACACGGACGGAGGAGAAAUAAUGCAAACUUUUGAGAUACAGUGCGAUAAAUGUUGUGUUGCUCUGGAUUCAGAAUGUUGUAGAUGGGGCAGAGCAAUAAUCACAUCUGUAGAAAAGAAUAACGCAAUUGUAAAAUUUGUCGAUUCUGGCAAGAUAUUGUCAGUUGACUUCGCGAAAAUUAAAGUCAUUCGAGAAGAGUUCUUGAACUUACCGAUACAAGCUAUACAUUGUAAAAUGCUUGGGGCACCGAAUACAUUCAGCAAUGAACAGACUGCAAGUUUUAUGGAAAAAGUUGGGAGAAAUAUUAAAGGGUUAGAGAUGGAGUUUAUUGCUGAGGAAAAUAAACUAUAUCAAGUGUUGAUAUAUGACGUGGUUGAAAACGGUAAACCAUGUAAUUAUAUAAAUGAACAGUUUUGGGCAGAAAACAUGGAUUUAACAAAAGCUAAACAAAUUGCACCAAAUCAGAAAGCAUUCGAAAUAAUAACAAGGAGUUUGCAAGCAAAAUCAAAUUAUGUUCCUUUUGAUUCAAAAUGGCGAACAGAGUUUUACGAGGCUGGCUCUAAGUAUGAUAUAACCGUCUCAUGGUUUAUAAAUCCGAAUAAGUUCUAUUGUCAACUAUUAAAUAAAGAAAACGAAUUUAAAGUAAUGAUGAAAGAAAUUCAAACGGCGUAUCCUGAUAAAAAACAUUCAGGAGGAAAUAUUGAGGUUGGUUCAAUAGUCAUAGCAAGGUUUCCAGAAGAUCGAGCUCUUUACCGAGCCGAAGUUAUGAACAAAGAUCCGCUAGAUACUUAUAUAGUUCAUUAUGUAGAUUUUGGGAAUUACGCAAGUGUGUCACUAUCUGAUUUAUAUCCUGUUAAAGAAAAAUUUAUGGAAUUGCCUAAAAUGGCAGUAGAAUGUUCUUUGAAAGACGUUGCACUCGAUACUGCUAAAUUUUCAAGUUGGUCCGAUGUGGAUAUUAAUGCAUUGGAUGAUUGCUUUAAUGCCGACAAGUACGAGUGUACUUUUCAUAAUCUUAGAGACAAUCAAUACUUAAUUUCGUUAUUUUAUAAUGGGCAAAGCGUGGCAGACACUUUAGUACAAAGAUGUCUUGCAAUUUCUGCGCCGCAAGAUUUUACAAAAACAAACAAAGUUACAGAUAUAUUUACCACAGAAGUGUCCGCUGUACCAACAGUAGACAUAAAUCUUUUACCUGGUCAAACGCUUCGCGUGAAAAUUUCUAGUGUAGACAAUGCAGCUCAAUUUUACGUGCAGCUUCCAACGGCCUCUAAGUGUGACGAAAUUGUGAACAAAUACAUGGAUAAUAAUGAAGUAAAGGUUCUAGGUUUACCCGGAGAACUUACUAGCAUGCAAAAUCAAGCACUGAAGUGUUCUCUGCAUGGUGUGUCAACUUCGUUCGAGGCAGAUGAAAAAUUGAAGAACCUCGAAGGACAAGAUGUAUUAGUCCAUGUUGAAGAAGUCAACGACAAUAGACUUUUUGUAAAACUGUACGAUCUACUUGGUCACGGAAUAAUAAAUACAAAAGACAACAAUGAAAAAAUAUCACCCAUAUGUUCGUUACCUAUUCUUACUUCAACGUGCCAAGUAUUCUUGUCAUAUGCAGAUCAUGAUUCAAAUCUCUGGGUGCGACGAUUUAUGGAUAAUGAUAUUGAGAUUAAAUUGUGUCAAGAUCUUAACGAAUAUUACAAUAAUAAUAGCGCACAGACAUUGAAACCAGAAGAACAUCUAUUGUGCGCAGUUAACCAGACGAACAAUCAAUGGCAACGAGGAAGAAUCGUUAGCUACAACGAAACCACGGCAUAUGUACUGUUAAUCGAUUACGGCAUUAUCACCGAAGUCACCUUGGACUCACUCAAAGUUUUAGAAUCGCAAUUUUAUGAACCUUACCAGUUAACCGUACACGCAUCGUUACCCGUAGCUCUCAUUGGUUCUCAAAGCGAACAAGCAGAUAUGUUGCAUCUUCAUUUGAAGGAUAAGACCUUGACAGCUAACUUCUAUAAUAUAAAUAAGAAUUGGAUUGUCGAACUGAUCGAAAAUGGAGAAAAGAUUAGCGACAGAUUCUGCUCGCUAAAUAUAGCAAAAGAACGUACAUCCGAUCUGUCAAGUCAAACGCACGAUCCAUUAGCGUCCAAGUUCGAUGUAUACGUAUCUCAUAUAGAUUCUCCGAGUCAGUUCUGGUUGCAAAAAAUAGAUGAAAGUACGUUACUCAACAAAAAACUCGACCAACUUCAGUUAGAUGUUUCUGGUUUUCCGGCAAUAGACGGUGUACCGGAAGUAGGCACUUAUUGCGCCGCUGUUUACGACGCCGAUGGUUUGUGGUAUUACGCAGAAGUGUUGGACGCUGACGAGGAUAUCACAACGGUCCGAUUCAUAGAUUACGGCAACACUGAUGUAAUCAGUAACAAUACAAAUAAAAUUCGACAGUUACCGGAUUCUCACAAGAACCUAGAAAUAUUGGCAAUAAAAUGUAGACUCGAUGUUAUUCCUAUAGAUACGGAAGACUGGAGCGACUCGAUUUACGACAAAUUCUUAAAUUUGAUACAGUCGGCACAGUCUAUUCAGGCUUUGAUAUUAGCUGACACAACACCUAAACGCGUAGACUUACUUUUAGAUGGUAAAAGUGUUAGCGAAACACUAGUUGAGGAAACACUUGCCAUAAGAAUCAACACCGAACAGGAGCCUGUAGACGAAAUAAUCGAACUCGAAUUGGAUCCACAUUCCGCUUUCGUGAGUCACUUGAAUUCACCGAGCGAGUUUUGGAUUCAGGAAGAGAAAUCCGUUGCCGAUUUAGAAGUAAUGGCGGACAGAUUUUUAGUUGCCGAUAUGUUCUCGAAAGUCACUGAAGCGGAAGAGGGUUUACUUUGCGUAGCCAAAUAUCCUGAGGACGAUCAGUGGUACAGAGCACGAAUUGUCUCUCACAAUGAGGAUGGUACGCAAGUCAUAUACAUAGAUUACGGAAAUUCUUCUAUUUCCACCGAUAUUCGUGCUAUUCCAGAAGAUCUGGCAGUUAUUCCGCCUCUGUCGCGAAAAUGCUGUCUAGAACUUCCACCUCAAAUAAAGGAGUGGUCGGAACAAGCUUGUGAGGAAUUUGUCAAAUUAGCCGCAGACGGUGCAACAAUUUUCCAUCUGGAAAUUUUAAAAGAACAAGAAACAUCCGUGAUAAAAUUGACAAUAGACGGUCAAAAUGUCGCUGAUAUACUUGCGCUUAAGUGCGAACAACUGCCUGUUAUCGAGGAAAGAUUGCCACCGCUCGGUGAAGAGAAUUUGCCAAACGUAGUACUCAGCUACAUUUACAGUCCGGACGAAUUUUGGAUUCAAGCUGAAAGCGACAUAAAUGAGUUAGAAGUGAUGUCGGAUCGUCUGGGAAAUGCAGAGAGUUUUCUCACGUUGAAUAACCCAGCUAUUGGAACGGUCUGUGCUGCCAUAUAUCCGGAAGAUGGAUAUUGGUAUCGAGCCAAAAUAAUUGAGCGUGAUGAAAAUGCAGAUAACACUUCUGCGGCCACAAAAGUUUUGUACAUAGAUUACGGCAAUUGUUCGGUUACAGAAGAGCUAAGAGUGCUACCUGAGGAUAUCGUGAAUAUUCCCGCACUGUCGAAACGAUGUACACUAGAGAAGCCAAGUCACAUCAUCUCGUGGAGCACGAAAGCAAGUGAGAAAUUCAAAGAACUUGCUGCCGAAGGAAAUACAAUGUUCCAAUUUGAGUCUCUAGAUGAAGGCGAUCCGAUGCGUGUUCGAUUAAGUUUGAACGGAACAAAUGUCGUUGAACUUCUAUUAGCUGAAGGCGAGAACAUUCCAGAAAUCAAUGAAAAGAUCGAAACAGAUGAUAAAAACUUUACUUCUGAUACAUUGGAGCAACAAGAAACAGUUUUCGAUCACCAACAAACAAGUGAAGACAAAGAAAUAAUCACACAAGUUGAACAACAAACUUUUAGUCAAACUGAUGAAAUGAAUGUCAGUAAUUUGGAUAAUAUUAAUCAGAAUUUGGAAAACUUUGAAAUCAAUAACGAUAAUGAAACAUUUGAAAGUAUGGAAUAUACAGAUAUAAAUUCUGAAAUUACAACACCAACAAAAGACAUUUCUUCUAUAGCCGAAACAAAUGAAGAUUUAAAUAUUAUCAACGAUGAAAGAGUUCAAGAUCCAAGUGAAGCGAUACCCAUCGAGUCGUCUGUUGAAACAGCUUCGACUUCUGUUUCAAAAUUUGAUGAAAUAACUGAGAAUACAAUAAAAGAUACCAUCUCAGAUCUGGAAUCACAAAAAAAUGAUACAAAUUUAAUAGUCAAAGACAAAAUGCAAAGUGAUGUCAAUGAACAAGCUCCGAUACUAGAAACAAAUGUCUUCUCAGCUGAAUGUAAAAACAUUCCAGAAGUUGGAGAAAAAGCCGAAACAGAUGGCAGAAACAUUAUUUCUGACACAACGGAGCAAACAAAAACAAUUUUCCAUCCUCAUUCAACGACGAGUGAAGAGACCGAGACGAAUAAAGAUUUAGAUAUUACCAGCGAUGAGACGGUACAAGAUAUGAGUGAGAAAAUAUCGCGUCUUAAGGUAUCUUCGUCUGUUCGAACCGAACUUAGCGUUGAUGAAAUAAUUGAGAACAUGAUAAAAGAUCCGGAACCACAAACAAGUGAUGCAAACUUAUCAAAUAUUGAAAAUAAGAUGCAGUUAUGCGAAAUUGCUCAAAGUGAUGCUAAUCAACAACAAGAAUUACUUGCUCAAACACAUGUAAAUGAACCGUCGACAGAUGCACGAGAUGUAAAAAUUAUUGAUUUAGAUUCUGAGAAAAAGAUUUCAGAAUUGAAUAAAUCACAGUCUUCUUUAAAUGAGAAUCAAAAGGAACAAGACGUGCAUCCAUCAUCUCCAAAAAUGCAAGUUGCAGAAAUUACGUGCUCCUCAGAACAAGAUCUGACAAGAGAGGACACUGUAUCCAAAAGUUCACAGAAAACGGAUGAUUUAGAAAGUCAACCCGAUAGCACAGAUAACAAAUCGAGCACCUCAGGUUACACAUCUAUUGUAACUACGACAAAACCAUUGGACAAAAUUAUUUCACUUAUUGCUGAUUCGGCCAAGAAGUGUAGUGAUUAUACAAGAAAAGUAUUGGAGGAGGAGGAUAUAGAGGAAAAAUGUGUCUCCGGGAAUGAAUCACCCAAAUCAGAAACGACAGUUGAGUUGCAAAGCUGGACUCCAAGCACCCCAAAGACACCGCAUUCGGAGAAGUUGGUGGCUGCUGUUGUAAAUCCCGUCAUUGACUCGGAUAGUUCGAACGAAGAUGAGAUUCUCACCAUCUCUACAGAGAAUGACAUUCCUAAACACGCGGUAUAGAUCACGAAGUAUAGCAGAUAUAAACUGCACACAUCGGGAAAGUAUCAAAACGUAAAUUUCUAAAUCCUAUGUUUUUAAAAGAAUGUUUGUUUUUUAUCAGUUAUAUAUAUAUUUUUUUUUUCUAUUGAACUCACAUUCAUUUAACAAUAUUUACGGACAAAAGUGUCACGCACAAGUAUGUGUGUGUUAAUCAAUUGAAAAAUUUUUUUGUGCAAGCGAAAUAAUUCUAUUCAUUUACAUCGUAGUCACGUCAUGUUAUCAGAUACGUAUUGACCAAAGAGAAAUGCAGCUAAUUAACGUGUGAUUAUUGUAUUUUAUUAUCAUUUGCCUGUGAUAUCGAAUGAAGAAUUAUAACUUUUACAAACUUCCUUUCUCUUGUUUUAAGUUGUAAUUUGAUAUUGUUUACUUUUAGUUUAAAGAAGAUUAUAUUUUAUUUAACCCUUUAGCUGUGUAAAGCGUAUAAUAUACUUCUUUAGAAAGUAGCAUGCUUUUGAGAGACGCAUAUUUAUACGCUCAGUAAAUGUAAAAAAAAAAAAAAAACUUAGACUCUCGCAAACAAA